AGGACAUGGGGACCCCUGACCCCCCUCGGCUGGGAGGUCCCUGAAACAGCAAGUAGGGGAACCUCCUGGCCCCCUCCUUGUCCCCUCCCGCCCCAUCCCUGCAGCUCUCCAGGAAGCCGCAGGCAGGCUGAGGUCCGGGCUGGGGAAAGAUCCAGCGGGGCCGUGGCCACCCACAGGAAGCCAGGCUGGCACCCCCGGGCUUAUCACCAGGCACAGCCAGCCCCAGUGCCCACAGCUCUGGGGUACAGUGAGGCUGGGGGAGCUCAGCACCCUCAAGAUGGGAUCCCACAGAUUUAGUGGGGGAAUGGGGCUGGGGUAGCUCAGCACCCCUGGCAUGGGAUCCUGCAGCCCCAUGACCCUCCUGACCCACUUGGCUGGGCCUGGCAUGGCACCAUGCUCAGAAACCAGGACCCCAAAGCCUCAUGCUUUGGAUCCAUGGACACCCCAGCUCAGAGCCAGGCACAGAGCUUCCUCCUGCUCCCCAUGUCCCUCCAAGCCCCUGACUGUGAGCGCGGGACCUGCUGCCUGGAGGUUUGUGAUGUGAGCAGGGACCUGAAGUCUUACAGUGUGAGGACAGAUUCAGAUUGAAUACAUGCCUGACAUGCACCCAUCUGAUCCCAAACCUGCUGCUGGAGGAUCCCCCUGGACCCGAUGCCCACCCAGACACGGGCCCCACGAGGGGAAAGAGGCGGCUGCCCGGGACCGGUCGGGACGGCGAGGCGGCGGCCCCGGAAGCGGAAAAAGGCCGGCGGACUGCGGGCCGCGGCGGGGGAGCUCCCGGCCCGUCCCGACGAGCCCCGGGAGGUUGGGAAGCGGCCGGACACAGACGGCCCGGCUGAGCCGGCGGAGGAGGCCGAGAAGCCGGCGGGGCUGAGCCGUAGGCAGCGGCGGAACCGGCAGAAGCGGCAGCGGCAGCAGGAGCCGCCGGCGGGGUCGGAUGGGGAGCGGGGCUCAGGGCCGGGCCCCCCGGACCCGCCGGGCUCCGCGGAGGCUGCUCCGGAGCCCCGCUCGGGCCGCUCGGCUGCGCUCCGCGCCCGAAUGGAGGAGCGGCUGCUCGGCGCCCGGUUCCGCUAUCUGAACCAGCAGCUCUACACCGGCAGCAGCCGGGACGCGGCGCGGCUCUUCCGCGCCGACCCUGCCGCUUUCCACCUGUACCACCGGGGCUUCGAGCGGCAGGUGCGGCGCUGGCCCGAGCGCCCCGUGCAGCGCAUCGUGCGCUACCUGCGCCGCCGGCCAGCGUCGCUAGUGGUGGCGGAUUUCGGGUGCGGGGACUGCACGCUGGCUGCCAGUGUCAGGAACCAGGUGCACUGCUUCGAUCUGGUGCCGCUGAGCCCGCGGGUCACCGUCUGUGACAUGGCCAAGGUGCCACUGGCGGCUGAGUCGGUGGACGUGGCCGUGUUCUGCCUGGCGCUGAUGGGCACCAACCUGCAGGAGAUCUUAGGAGAGGCCAACCGUGUGCUCAAGCUCGGGGGGACCCUGAUGGUGGCUGAGGUGGCCAGCCGCUUUGAGGACAUCCAUGCUUUCCUGAAGGCCAUGACGCAGCUGGGCUUCAGGACUGUCUCCAAGGACCUCUCCAGCUCCUACUUCUACCUCUUGGAGUUCGCCAAGAAGGGUCCGGCCCGGCCCGGCCCCGCUCCCGGGCUGCGCCUGCGGCCGUGUCUGUACAAGCGGCGGUGACGGGAGCGGCGGUGACUGACGGGAGUGGCGGUGGCCGGAGCGGCGGUGGCGGGAGCGGCGGUGACCGGAGCGGCGGUGACUGACGGGAGCGGCGGUGACCGGAGCGGCGGUGACCGGAGCGGCGGUGACGGGCCCGGGCCCGCGGGGUGGGGGCGGGGACACGGGCUUGGCCCCGCCCCCAGCGCUACCACCAAUAAAGCCGCUGCUUCCUCCCA